UUCUUAACAAGUGACUUAAGAAGGACAAAUCAUUUUUAGUUAUACUUUGCUACAAAUAAUAGGAUAGUGCCUCAAGUAAACUCCAGUGUUAUUUAAAACAAAUCCAUCAAACACAGAAAGAUUUUCAUUAAUCAAUUUCUACACAUAUUUGAGAGCGCUAUGAAGCUAUUCCUUGGAUUUUUAUUAUUGGUGGUGGUACAUGCAAGGCAAGAGAGGUGCCGUGAGAAUCAGCAUUUCGACAGCUGUGGUGCUGCUUGUCCCUUGACUUGCGAUAAUCAUUUCUUCCCUGAAGAACCUUGCGAACGCAUCUGCAUACCCGGCUGCCAAUGCGACGAGGGAUUCGUUUUGACGAAAACAGGUAGUUGUGUGAGACCUGAGGAUUGUCCGGUAGUAACUGGCUCUACAGAGAAGAAUUGUAUUGAGGCACCCGAAACAGGGCAAUGUCGGGCCUUAUUUUACAAUUGGUAUUUCGAUCAAGAAACUGGUACUUGUCGUGAAUUCGUUUACGGCGGAUGUGGUGGAAAUGGCAACAGAUAUUGGUCAGAAGAAGAAUGCCAAAAAAAUUGCGGAGGAGUGAAACACUGCGAUGAAAAUGAACAUUUCGAGAGCUGUGGGACAGCAUGUCCGCUGACUUGUGACAACCACGAAGACCCUCCCGAGUUCUGCGUCCUGAUGUGUGUGCGCGGAUGUCACUGUGACGAAGGUUUCGUUAGAUCGAGACAAGGAAGGUGCGUGAGGCCCCAAGAGUGCUAAAUGAACAGAGACUUCCUGAAGCUGUUUCACUAUCAAAAAGGCAAUUGUUUAAAAACAACUUAAUGUUUUAAAAUAUGUAAAAAAUUUCCGGCAAUCUGAAAAAUAAUUUUAUCCAAAUAUUACCAGUACACUCAAGAUAAUAUUUUUGAAUAAAUGUUGGAAUUUUUUUGAA